AUGGCUGUCACACACGUCCACGUCGACAACAUGGCCAGCAUGGCGGCCUACACGCCAAAGGAGACAGCCGAGUUGAUGUCUCGGAUUGGUGCCAUGAGAGGAAGAGCACGACCCGACAAGAUCUUCUUCUCUGCCUUCAUGGCCGGCUGUCUCGUCAGCUUCACCUCCGCCUCGGCCGUCAUCGCCACUGCCGCCCCAUGGUUCCAGGAAAACGCCCCCGGUCUGAUCAGAAUGAUCAGUGGCUUGAUCUUCCCCAGCGGCAUCGUCAUGAUCUUGAUCUCGGGCUCUGAACUCUUCACUGGUUCCAACAUGAUUACUGGCAUUGCUUGGAUGCACAGGAGGCUGCCGCUCAAGAACCUGCUCAUGCACUGGUGCCUUUGCUUCUGGGGCAACAUGGCUGGCGCGUUGUUCGUAAUGGCCAUCAUUGUUGGCUAUGGUGGCGUUUUCGACAAUGAGAUCUUCAAGCGGCAGGCUAUUGCCACUGCUCAGCUCAAACAGAUCACUCCCCAUUGGCAUCAAAUCUUCCUGCGCGCUAUCGGUUGUAACUGGCUGGUCUGCCUCUCUUGCUAUCUCGGUCUCCAGGCUAAGGAUGUGACGUCCAAGGUCGCGGGCAUGUGGUGGCCCAUCUUCGCUUUCGUCACCAUGGGACUGGAGCACGUUGUCGCCAACAUGUUCUUUAUCCCCAUCGGCAUCUUCCUGGGAGCCCCUGGUAUUAGCGUUGGACUUUACAUAUGGAAGGGUAUGCUUCUCUUCCUUUUCUUACUUGGGUGUUUGUCUUGCAAGGUACUAACCCGAAUCGUCCAGGCAUCAUUCCCACAACUCUCGGAAACAUGCUCGGUGGCUUUUUCUUCUGCGGCUUCUUUUACUUCUACAUGCACCUCUUGGGAGAGGAUCCUGUUGCUGUCGACGGGGUCUACUAUCAGCAGCCAGAACGCUCUCUGGAGGAGGGCAAUCUUUUUGCCGUUCGCAGCGGCACAAUCGUCGAGGAUCGCGGUGGCAAGAGCAGCAACUCUAGCGGGGAGUUCCAGCGCACUGUUCAAACACCUACGACUGCCGCCAUCAACAAGGUUCAGUAGGUGAAUAAUGACGCUGCGAUAUUGUUGUUUUUUACACCAAAGGAGUUGGAGAUCUGAAGCUUAGCUUUUCAGGCGCUGCUUGAGGCGUUAUGGUCGGUACUGGGGUUUGAGUCUUUGAAGACGGGAGAAGCGAUGCCGGGGAAGGUUUGAGCCAUACACGCGGAGACACAGGCGUUCAAGGAACAUCAGCCUCGUUCCGCCUCUUGUCCCUGGCUCUCAUGCAUACCGAGGUCCCUGAGACGCAUUCUUCCCGCCGCGGUGUUUGGGUUCUGGAGAAAGCGAGCGAGUUUGUCGGAGUUGGGCUGUUCGUUUACUCGCAUCAUUGUCGGCGCAAAGAAAGAUUAUACCCUCGAUCUGCUGGGCAUAUCGGCGUUCUCUUGCACGUACCUGGGAACGCGUUUGACCAGAAGGGAGGAGGACUUGAAUAGCCGGAGUUGAGUGUGCCAGACGAAAUGUGUUCCGGGCAUGCGGCUAGUGUGGUAAUGGGCUGGAGCUGGAAUGGCAGCCUCAGAGGAAGAGGGCACUGGCGAGGCGAGUAGCAUCCGGCGGGGGGAAGGCGAGGGCCAAGAGCUCGAAGGUCUUCCGAGAGUUGAGUCGGCAUCAUCACGGCCGAUUUCUUGAGGGUCUCCGGCUCUUCAGGGACCAUGAGCUGCUUCAACGGCGCACCGGGUCCCCUAUUUUUGAGUUGGACAUAGCGUGAGCUGCCAUAAAUAGGAUCAAAUUUAUCAACUACUAUCAACCUGUCGCAUGCAAUCACACCGGGAACGUCGCGACCAAUUCAUCCCAGAUAUUGGGGACCAACUGCAGGUCAGUAGAGGAUAGUUUAAAUCUUUGUUUCUCGACCGGGACCCUCCUUACGUAGCCAGAACAGAUCGGCGAAAUAGAGCCAAGCGCAUCAAGCACUGGCCCGAUGAAAGAGAUGACGUCGCAUUGGAACAAUUAAAGGUUGCGGAAACCACCUCCGCGUUCCUUUCUUCUCUUGCUGCAUCUUUCCCGUUUUUGCUUGCAACGCCACGCCCGCAUAUCCCGAACGUCGACGAGAGGCCCAGCCAGGAACAACGGCGAC